UUUGGCGGAAUCUGGAAUAGCGCUCUCGCAGUGCGAAGCGCAACCGUCGAUGAUGGGCACCGAUCCCGGACAGAACGUGCUAUCUCCCUUCCACGCCUUGGCUCCCGGCGCUAACAGCUUGCUGAUACCGGUAUCUCCUCCCCCGCCUGCUGCAGCUCGCGUUCAAGCUCGCCUACCGAUUAAAAAUUGCCGCAUUCCCGCUAGUUUCUCGAGGUCGUGUUCUUGUAUUGGACGGAGGCGAUUACCAGUGCGAUCUUUGCUUUUCUGCAAUGGUUUUGGUGGGUUUGUCUGGCCUUUUGCCUGUUUGCUCUGGUAUAUGUGGUUUGUUAGGGAGUCCUGUGUUCCUUUGUUUUGAACUUCUAGCGUUUCCGUUCCUUGAGGUUGUUGCGUAGAUUAGUGGACAAGGUUGUGAUUGUGGUUCAGUGGGAGGGAUGAUGAGAUGCAGCAGCACGCGGAAGAGUUUCGUGUAAUUUGAACACGAUCUUGUUGACGACAUCGUUGUGUGUCCCCUGUUCGAGUGCACCGAAAGUCCGUGCCGUUUGUGUGUGCAUUCGAUUCGUGAAUUUUAAUUCUCGACUGAGUGUGGACUGGCGUCAGUGUAAGGAGUGCAGAGUUUUUGUGCUGCGUGCUCUGAAGUGCGAGCAUUGUAUUCGAUGUUCGUUGGUUUCUUCCUUUCAUCCUUGUCGGGAACUUGCUCGGAUCAUCUUAGAAUUACUUCGUUGAAUUGGAAGCUGCAAAUGGCUCCUUCGUCCUGCGAUUUUGAAUGCCCUCACCAAGGUCAUACUUGCGGGGACUAGGCAUUUCCUGGGCUACAUUUUUCUCGUAUGAUAUCAACACGAGUCAGGCUGGGAUCGAUAACAGUUUUUGAAAGAUGACUCAUUUGCAACUGGAAAUGCGUCAAACCUUUCCUUUUUCUAAUGAGUGACAACCCCUGUACUGCGUUGGCAUUGUGGAGCAAUGUGGACGAAUUCAACAGAGUUUCUGUCACAUGUCCGGGAUAGAGUACUUUGAAAGGCUGCCAGUGCGGAUUGAAUCCCCGGCUGGUAACUGCAACCAGGUUGAGAUGUCGUGCUUCUCAACAUAUCUACCAGUAUUCGUCAUUCGGUAACGGAGACUGAUCCAACGUGAAGCAGUAUGUAACUCCUCCUGUCUUUCCCUAUCUGGAAGUAGUGCGAAAGAAAAACAGCUUGAAUUGAGAACUCUAAAGGGGUGUCUAAUUAAACGCAUUGCGAAGAUUAAAGUGAGCCCGGAAGAUGACGACCUUGCGGGAAAUAGGCGUAGCAGCACUUGUCAACAUCGGCCUCACCAUAUUGUUCCUGUUGAGUUUUGUGUUUCUUAGUCUUCAGCCAGUGAACGAUCGCGUCUACUAUCCGAAGCUGUACAUUAAGGGUCUUCGUAAGGGAAGACCAAGAGCAACUCCUCGCCAGCUGAAGCCAAUAGAGAAGUACGUCAAUCUCGAGCUCAAUCAGUAUACGAGGUUAUUCGACUGGGUCAAGUCUGCUCUCCGCAAGACCGAGAAUGACAUUAUCCAGCACGCGGGACUCGACUCCGCAGUCUAUCUCCGCAUCUUCUUGGUCGGGUUGAAGAUCUUCAUACCCCUGAUGAUACUGAGCAUGGCGAUUUUGGUUCCUGUGAACGUAGGAGCGGGAUCGCUGGCUGAGUCGGGGACAGAUGUUACCAGCAACACCACCGAUACGAAAUUCCUGUUUAGCUCUAUCGACAAACUUUCCAUGUCUAAUGUACCUAAUAGAUCUCCAAGGCUCUGGGCACAUCUGGUUAUGUCAUAUGUUUUCACCGCCUGGGUUUGCUUCAUUCUUUUCAUGGAAUAUAAGAGCAUCGCAGCACUGCGCUUGAAGUUUCUCUCUGAUGAGACAAGGCGGCCCGAUCAGUACACAGUUAUGGUAUUGCAAAUACCUGACAAGGGCACUCUGCCCCUUGGCAAACAAGUCGAGACUUUCUUCCGCACAAACCACCCAGAUUAUUAUUUAACGCAUGAGAUGGCGUACAAUGCAAACAAGCUGACCAAGAUUGCAAGGGAAAGAGACAAAGCACAAAACUGGCUAGACUAUUUCCAACUCAAGUAUAAGCGUAAACCGGCCAUGAGACCCAUGACCAAGACGGGCUUUUGUGGUAUCUUCGGAGAGCAAGUCGAUGCAAUAGACCACUACUCAGCUCUAGUGGAACGAUUGACCACGGAAGCAGAAAUCGAGCGUGAAUUUGUGAUAAGCGACCCAAAGGCCAUAAUGCCGGCAGCGUUUGUUUCCUUCAGAACCCGCUGGGGGGCUGCUGUUUGCGCCCAAACUCAACAAGUGCAAGACCCAACGUUGUGGCUGACAUGCUGGGCGCCAGAGCCGCGCGAUGUAUACUGGCCCAACCUUGCGAUACCGUAUGUCCAGCUUGGUUUUCGACGACUAGCAAUUACUGUGAUUGUUUUCCUCACGGUCUUCUUCUACAUGAUUCCGAUUGCAGCCGUGCAAUCAUUGGCAAACCUUGAAGGGCUUCGAAGAUCCAUUCCCGCUCUCGAUGGAUUCCUUCAGAUGGAAUUCAUUUCAUCGUUUGUUCAAGGAUUUCUACCAGGGCUCAUUUUGAAACUCUGCUUCCUGCUUCUGCCGAUGUUUAUAAUGUUUCUCUCGAAGUUCGAAGGACAUCUGUCCAUAUCGAAGCUUGAGCGGCGUGCAGCUGCGAAGUACUAUUAUUUCGUGGUCGUCAACAUAUUCUUCGGAAGUAUUCUAACAGGAUCUGCAUUUCAGCAGCUGAAGACUUUUGUCACAUCCUCAAUUGUGGUUGUGCUGUCAAACAGGUUUCUGAACACGAUAGCACUAUCCAUACCUCAGAAGGCGUCUUUCUUCAUCACGUACAUCAUGGUGGAUGGGUGGUCCGGUCCGGCUGGGGAGAUCCUUCGACUCACGCCGUUGGUGAAAUACCAUGUUAAGAAUACAUUGUUUUGCAAGACUGACAGCGACAGACUGGAAGCAGCUUCCCCUGGGACCCUGACUUUGGAUGAGACUCUGCCCCAGCUGCAACUUUAUUUUUUGAUGGGUCUGGUGUAUUCGGUCAUUACACCAGUCAUCAUUCCAUUCAUUGUCGUAUUUAUGGGCUUCGGUUUUGUCGUUUACCGUCAUCAGAUUAUCAACGUGUAUGACUCCGCCUACGAGAGCGCAGGAUCAUUCUGGCCUCACGUUCAUGGGCGCAUUAUUGCUGCUCUCAUUAUUGAGCAUGUUACACUUAUCAGUCUGUUCCUUGUUAAAGGUCCGAUAACUUUCGUCCAAACACCUGCCGGAUCGAGCGUCAAGGAUCAAAUUCUUCGUUAUGUGAGAGAUUCUUGUAGUUCGACACCCUUCAUGAUUGCCUUGCCGGUGUUGACUUUGGUUUUCAACAACUACUGCAAAAAGCGAUUUGAGCCUGCCUUCAAGAACUACCCGGUAGAGACUGCUGUGGAGAAGGAUACUAUAGAUAGACGGGAAGAACCGGACUUAAAUCUAGCCGUGUUCUUCCGAAAUGCAUACAAUCAUCCGGCUUUUUCAGAUGAGAAGAUUGCAGUCCGUGGAGAUGUGGAGAAAGGCCAGGAAUACGGGAAGGAUAUUGAAGAGGAUGAGAAGGCUACUUUACAUGACUCGUUAGCGGGGAUAGAUAGUGAGUUCGUUGAGGUGGACAUGAAUAGUAAAGAGUCAGUCCAAGACACAUCACCCUUGCCUUUGAAAUGGGGAGCCUUUGGUCAAGCCACUAAGCUUCAUGCAAAUCAAGAUACAUCCUUGCCAGAUCUCGGCGAGGGAGAUUCUGCAUCUUUGAGGAAAAGAUCAGGUCGAAAAAGCGGAGCCUCACUCUCUUCCAAGGGAGAGAACGUGGAAGGACUCAAAAAGGAUACUUCGACGUCAGGAAAGCUCCCAACAAGUGGGGAUGACAGCGGCAACGAACUGGCAAGAGUGCGUUCGCUCCAGCGUUAUCUGCAAGGUCAGCUUUCACGUGACAACUCAUUUGCUGAGCCAUCGUCUGCUCUCAACUCAGAAAUAAUCAUGGAGAGUGAUGCCGAAAAAGCACUUGUGAGAGACUUGCAGCGAUAUUUGGCAGGGCAGCUGUCAAGAGAAAAUUCUUUCUCUGGAGAACACAUUGAGGACGACAUCGACGACGAAGCUUUGAGAGUAGCUUAUUUGCAGGGCUACUUGAGAGGGCAACUUUCACGUGAGCACUCAAGCUUAGAGUCUUCUCCUCUUAUACUCAAAAUGAAAACCUCCCAUAAAGAUGACAAUGAGAAAGUUGGAGACCAACUUACCCUCUCACCCUUCACAUUCAAGAGAGGAGUUCUGUAUGAAAGUGGCGUUGUUGAAGGCGAUGAAAUCAUAAGUGCAUCCUACCUCCAGGGAUAUGUGAAAGGGCAGCUUUCUCGAGAUAACUCUGGCUUCGAGUCUGGUUCUCCUCUUACAUUUCGGCGCGAAGCAUCCUGUAGCAAUGAAAAUGACGAAGGGAAAGGUGGAGCAUCACCCUCCUCUGCACACUCUCCAGGUUCGCCACCGAUCUUUGGAACAGGAAGGGUCGGUGAGAGUGGUAGUUCGCAGGAACUGAAGCCAUCGCCGCUGAGUAGCUCAUCAAAUCAGAAUGUUCUUAGAGCACAGACGAUGAGCACAAUUAAAGAAACUUCUGAGAUCCUCUCUGAUGCUCAGAUAGGACAGUCUCCUCGAGCCAAGAAUUUCCACACGUCGAAGGAAGGAGUAAACCCUUCUCAGGAGGCAGAGAUUGCACACCCAAGACCGUUAGCAGAGGUUUCCCAACCUCCUCACAAGCGUGGAAAGGCAGUGGGUUCAUUAAGAGAGGUUAUUUACCUGGACACCCCCACAUUCGUCAGGCCAAAUCGUUCAAAACCAUUAAAAAUUCAAUUAAGAGAAACUCAGGACACGACCAGCAGUCGUCCUUCUAAGGGUUUGAGACAUCGGAAGGUAGAGAAGGAGACUCCUUCUCAAAAGUCGAGGACAAUUUCUUCAAGUACGUCGUCAAAGAGUCGUCCAAUUACUGGAGCAAAGACACUCAAUACCGUGAGAGGAGCUGAAGUUGAAGCAAGCUCCUCCGAGAAAUCCGAGUUUCGUCAAGCCAACACUCCUGGCAACCUCGUGCAAAUUGAGCCCCAGGAUCAGCCUGCCACACUGCAGCGUCUCAAGGUUUCAUCCACUGAGAAAAAGAAGAAUAAGAACUUUGAUAAAAAGAAAACGCGAGGGGGAAAGUCUUCAUCUUCAUCUUCUUCCUCUUCUUCGUCGUCAUCGUCUUCCUCCGAAGAAAGUGAAAACGAUGAAAAUUUGAACAAACAUUCUGAUUUUUCACCCGAGGAUCACCUAUUAGCUUAGGACUUCACUUGGUCAAAUCCUCGCGAAAUGUUACCUUAGGAGCUCUCCCUUUACCUGAACACGGGAUGAGCGCCUUCUUAAUUUUACCAUGUUAACAGACAAGGCAAUCUCAUGAAAAACCUCGAUUCUUUA